GCGGGGGGAGGGGGACCGGCAGCCAGGCGGGCAGACGGGUAGCAGGGACCAGCCCUGGCCCCCCUCCCAGCUUGGCGGUGGCAUGAAGAUGGGGGUGGGAGUGUGUAGUGGGGGAAGCACCUGCCUGGACCCUCACCUGCCAGCUAGCUGGGCACCCCAAGGCUGUGUGCUGCCCACUUGGUGUUCCCCAGCGUCCCCAGCCCUGCCCGGUGCACCCCUUCGGUGCCUGCUCCCCCUGAUGUCUGCGUUUUAGUCCAGCCCGGCUGCUGUAUCCACGGCAACAGAAGCAGGAGUGUCACUGGCCGCCAGAUCACUGAGGGUCCCAAAAUGUGGCCUGGGCUGUGAUUUAUCCUGGGUGAGACUGCUUGAGCCCCCUACCUGGAUUCCAAGACAGCCCUGCUGAGAGAGUCCAGGUGCAGCCCAGCAGGACAACUGAUGGAGUCCCCCAGGACCCAUCGAAUACCAGACUGGCUGAUCCCAUAGGGUUGGGAGCAGCCCCUGCCCCUCAGUAUGGCCAACACAACUGGAGAGCCCGAAGAGGUGAGCGGCGCACUGUCCCCGCCAUCAGCAUCAGCUUAUGUGAAACUGGUGCUGCUGGGACUGAUCAUGUGUGUAAGCCUGGCGGGCAACGCCAUCUUGUCGCUGCUGGUGCUCAAGGAGCGUGCCCUGCACAAGGCUCCUUAUUACUUUCUGCUGGACCUGUGCCUGGCCGACGGCAUACGCUCUGCCGUCUGCUUCCCCUUUGUGCUGGCUUCUGUGCGCCACGGCUCCUCAUGGACCUUCAGUGCACUCAGCUGCAAAAUUGUGGCCUUUAUGGCCGUGCUCUUUUGCUUCCAUGCGGCCUUCAUGCUGUUCUGCAUCAGCGUCACCCGCUACAUGGCCAUCGCCCACCACCGCUUCUACGCCAAGCGCAUGACACUCUGGACAUGCGCAGCUGUCAUCUGCAUGGCCUGGACCCUAUCUGUGGCCAUGGCCUUCCCACCCGUCUUUGAUGUGGGCACCUACAAAUUUAUCCGUGAGGAGGACCAGUGCAUCUUUGAGCAUCGCUACUUCAAGGCCAAUGACACGCUGGGCUUCAUGCUUAUGUUGGCUGUGCUCAUGGCAGCUACACAUGCUGUCUAUGGCAAGCUGCUCCUCUUCGAGUAUCGUCACCGCAAGAUGAAGCCAGUGCAGAUGGUGCCAGCCAUCAGCCAGAACUGGACAUUCCAUGGCCCUGGGGCCACCGGCCAGGCUGCUGCCAACUGGAUCGCUGGCUUUGGCCGUGGGCCCAUGCCACCAACCCUGCUGGGUAUUAGGCAGAAUGGGCACGCAGCCAGCCGGCGGCUGCUGGGCAUGGACGAGGUCAAGGGUGAAAAGCAGCUGGGCCGUAUGUUCUACGCGAUCACACUGCUCUUCUUGCUCCUCUGGUCACCCUACAUUGUGGCCUGCUACUGGCGAGUGUUUGUGAAAGCCUGUGCCGUGCCCCACCGUUACCUGGCCACUGCUGUUUGGAUGAGCUUCGCCCAGGCUGCUGUCAACCCGAUCGUCUGCUUCCUGCUCAACAAGGACCUCAAGAAGUGCCUGAGGACUCACGCCCCUUGCUGGGGAACAGGAGGUGCCCCGGCUCCCAGAGAACCCUACUGUGUUAUGUGAAGCAAGCUGGUAGACAGACAGGCAGGGAGAUGGUCAUGGCUACCGUGAUGGAGCCAGCAGUAAGGGAAGGGUGGGCCCCAUACAGGAGCCUUUCUUUCUGAGCUCCAGCCCUAGCCCCUCGAACCACCCAGAAUCUAGGCAUCUUUGCCGACACCUCCCCAGGGUUGGAGACUGGGGUGGGGGACUAGAAAAGAGGCGUUUCUAAUUCUGUGGGGCCUGUCUCCGCUGCCUCCUUCUCCACUUCUACAAUCUCUCUCCUUUCCUCUCUCUCUCUCUUUCUCUCUCUUCCUUUCUCUCUCAGAAGUGACAAUUCAGAAAAAGAAAUUAAGACUGAAAAUGCAGGUUUUUCUACUAACAGCUGAGGAGACGGGCUUUCUUGCUUUAAUGUCUCUCCUUCUGACAUUGUCCAGAAGGGGGAAAUUUGUUCUGUAAAAUAGACUUCCAGAGCUCUUAUUGCCCCCUCUGCUCCCAUGCACCCUCCCCUUCCGAGUCCUUUAGCAAGGGCUGGAUGUUGAGGGAGAAAUUCAUCUGCUGACAACAGGGACCAAAGAGGGUGCUGGGUCCCCCGGGAGCAGAGACGUUUAAUUGCUAUGUUGUGUGCGAUGUUGUUUUAAGCUAACCCUGGUCCCAAGCCUGGUUUCCUCUCCCUCCCCACCAUGUCCAGACCUCCCAAGUGUUUCUUGAGCAUCUGUUCAAGAAGUCAGGAGGGGAGGGAGAAGGACCACUGGGAUGGGUCCAUGCUAGGUGAAGAAUGGGAUGUGAGCUGCACGCCUCGAGCUGAAGAGACCCGAGCUUGGCUGCAUUCUUUCGAGCUGCCUCCUGGAUGCCCAGUCCCCAACUCUUCUUCCUGAGGAUGGAAAUCCACUCCAGCCUCGCUAGGGUUGAUGUGGGUGCCAUAUAGGCAGGUGCAUUCCCCCAGGGAAGUGUAGGAAGAGAGCAAAACUCCCCAGAGUAACUGGAUCCCAGUGCCUGGGUCAGAGCAGAACUCAGCCCCAGAAUUGUCUCCUGGGUUCACACUAUUCUCCUGAGGAUGAAAAGUUGAGGGAUGGCAUAAGCUCCAAGGCACUGUGGACUUGAGUCCAUUCCUAUUUGACCUCGUUUGGUCCCCUUCAAGCCUCGGGGGGUCUGUCUCAAGCCCCUCUUGGUAGCCCUAGGCCUUCUGGGUCCUCAGCCCCCAACUUCCUUUCCCAGAACAGCCCUUCUCCCUCUUCUUCCCUCCACCCAAAAUGGAGCAGACUGCAGCCAGAUUCUCCAGGUGGGAGAGCCCAAGCCUCCCUCCCAGGGCAGAGUCCACUCUGGGCUCACAUCACUGCCAGUUCUUAUGGACUGGUGAGCCAAGCUGGCAUUCCUUUGCCUGGCCUUGCCCAGAUUCUUUGUCCCCCCCC